AUGUUGCCGGGCCAGAUCGGAACGGAGGGUUUUCAGCGUACGGCAGAGGAGGGACAUCACAGGCAGGAUAAUCAUCAACGUGAAGGGUCUCACCUUGCUCAGCCCUUCUCCGCUCCUGACGAUCUCGACAAGUGUCUCGACAUUUGUUUAGGUGGUUUAGGUUUUGGGGAUGUUAAUCUAGGGAUUUACCAAUCAUUGAGUUGUCUCUCUGAUGUAAUGUUUGUCCUCUCGCAGGAGUUGUUGGGCACCUUUCUCCUAUUGAAGGCAACAAAUAACCUAAUUUCUGGUACUAAAAUUGAUCUUUCAGUGCCCCCUGACCUUGUUAGGUGCCUGUCAAGGGAUGAUCUUCCAGAGCUUCAGUUGGAAGCUGCCCUUGCUGUUGCUAAUAUUGCAUGUAGCUCUUCUGAUCACACUGAUGCUGUGAUAGAGGACAAAACUGUCCCUCUUUUAAUCAAGCUCCUGGAUUCUCCUCGUGGUGAUGUUCGCGAGAUGGCUCUAUGUGCAUUGGGAAACAUUGUUGGUUCCUCUCCUGAGUAUCGUGAUUCGGUUCUUCUGGGAGAAAAGGGUUUGAGUCCAUUCCUUGUGCAAGUGAAUGAGCAUGCAACACUUUCAAUGCUGAGGCUUGUGACAUUCACAUUGUUAAACUUCUGUCGGGGCGAUCCAGGACCUCCAUUCGAGAAGGUGGUUGAUGCCGUUCCACAUCUUCAGCUGCUCAUUCAUUUUGAAGAUGACUUUGUGGCAGCAAAUGCAUGCUGGGCUCUAUAUCUGUCUAGUGUACUUCCGGCACUUCGCACUGUUCUGAAUAUUGCAGAAAGAGGGAGUGAUUGUCGGAGACAGUUUAUAAUUGACAGCGAAGUGCUUCCUCGUUUGCGAAGCAUUUUGGAUACUGAAGAUAAUAACAUCACUAAAAAAGAAGCUUGCCUGCUCAUCUCUGCUAUUGCUGUUGCAAAUGCAAAGGCAGUGAUUGACACCAAGUUGAUUGAACCUUUAAUUGAUUUGCUGAAAACUGGAACAAAUGGUGUAAGGGAUGCUGCUGGAAAGGCUGUUAUUGAUGUCAUCCGCUUUGGAAGUUGUGGCAGAAUCAAGGUUAAGGGUUUGGAGGGUUUUAUAAACCCAUUAUGUGAGCUUCUCUUGAGCCACGAUCCUGAGAUCAUUAGUGUUUGUCUGGAUGGGCUUGAACUCUUAGCUAAACCAGCUGCAGAUGAGACCCUCCCUGGGAGCUAUAAUUAUUUUCUCAGAUUGAUUGAUGAAGCUAAAGGAUUGGAUAGGAUCAAGUUCUUGGCGAGAUCGCAUAACUCUAAAGUGAAGGAAAAGGCAUCAAGGAUAUGGAGCCUAUUAUCUCCCGAGGCAUCAAAAGUUUUUAAAUAUUUUGAGGAGCUGGGAAACUUAUUUUUUUGA